AUGAAAAUUUUCGUGUUGGCAAUUUUGGUUUUAGCCAAGGAAGCUUUUGGCGAUCCUGAAACUUCUGAAGUUUUAAAUGGAACUUUUAGACGAGCUCCUUCUGAUAGAAAGAAACCAACGAAAAACAAGCCGGAUAAACAUCAAAAUGUAAUAGUUGUUCAGGAUCAUGGAUACCCAGAAUAUCCUUCGAAAGUGCAAUGUGAACCAAAUGAAGUAUUAAGCAAGGAUUGUGAAAUCUUUUGUCACUUCCAAAAAGGAAACUACAUCUCGAACUACAACGAAGAUCGAAGAUGCGAACGUAGCAUAAGUGAUGCGUUGGAUGAGUAUAAGAGGUAUCACAGAGCAUUGGCAUUAGGCAAUGUAACGAAUGCGAGAGAAGAGCGAAAAGGAACGAAAGAUAAGAUUAAUUAUAACAAAGACAAAGUUACCGUGGUAACUGAUUUAGUACAUGAGCACAGAGUGCCUUCGAGUAGUCAAUAUAAAUGUAUUUGCAAGCAAGGGCAUGCCAGAUUAAACGGACAUUGCGUUCCUUUGUCACAUUGCCCAGCUAUGUUAUGUAAGGACUUUGAAAUUUAUAAUCAUCAUGGCGGAUGUGAAAGAACUUGUGCUAAUUUUGAGACCUUUGAUUAUUCAACGCAAUGCGGAGCGACUAAUAGUCCUGCAUGCUUUUGUCCUGAUCACUUGAUUCGCGAUCAUAACGGAUUUUGCGUUCCAAAAGAAUUAUGUCCAACUAAGCUUUCAACUUCUUCGUCUAUUGCAACAACUGUAACGGUAACCGAAACAACAAGUAUCCCAACUACAUUAACUGAAACAUCGACAGAAACAAGUAUUUCAACGGAGACAACAACUGAGUCAGUUACCAUAACCGAACCAACUGUAACAACAGUGAUUGAAACGACGACAGAAUUGACGACGGUCACAGAGCCAACAACAAUUACUGAACCUACAACUAUCACAGAUUCAACUACAAUAACUGAAUCAACAACUAUCACAGAACCAACAACAAUCACUGAGCCAACUACAGUAAUUGAAACAUCAACCGUUACAGAAUCAACGACAAUUACUGAACCAACAACUAUCACAGAGCCAACAACAAUUACUGAGCCAACUACAGUAAUUGAAACGUCAACCGUUACAGAAUCAACGACAAUUACUGAACCAACAACUAUCACAGAACCAACAACAGUUACUGAACCAACUACGAUCACAGAAUCAACUACAAUAACCGAAUCAACAACUAUCACAGAACCAACAACAAUCACUGAGCCAACUACAGUAAUUGAAACAUCAACCGUUACAGAAUCAACGACAAUUACUGAACCUACUACUAUAACUGAACCAACGACAAUUACUGAACCAACUACGAUCACAGAAUCAACUACAAUAACUGAAUCAACAACUAUCACAGAACCAACAACAAUCACUGAGCCAACAACAAUCACUGAAACAUCAACCACUACAGAACCAACAACUAUAACAGAAUCUACAACUAUCACAGCAUCAACAACGAUCACUGAGCCGACGACUAUUAUAUCAACUACGACAACAACUGAGCCAACAACUGUCACAGAAUCAACAACACUUACAGAAACAUCAACAACCACUGAUACAUCAAUAAGUACGACAACGAUUACGGAACUAACUACAACUACCGUGUCAACAACUAUCACAGAACCAACUACAAUUACUGCAUCGAUAUCUGUUUCUCUAACAGAAACCAUCACUGCAACAAUAACGGUUGAUUUGCCAACAACUCUAUUUUCAACAACUACAACUACUGUACCAACGACUAUUACAUCAACGACGACAACAACUGAGCCAACAACUAUCACAGAAUCAACAACAGUUACAGAAACAUCAACGACAACUUCAACGGCUACUGAAACAUCAACAACAACAACAACUACUACUACAACGACUACUACUACAUCAACCACGACAGUACCAGCAGAAACGGGAAGAAGCCUCUAUGCUAUUACUCCAACUGCAACCUUUAUCAGACCGACAGCUACAGCACACUUCUUUUAA